UAGUUUCAGUUCUGAUCGGUCGACGAAAGGUGUUGGAGGUUCUCAAAAAUGUUGCGCUCGGAAUCGCUUUUUAUUUCACUGGCUAUUCUGUUGGCUGUCCAACAAAUUUCAGCAGAUAUUUCUCCUGUAGUGAGGAAUGCAGCCGAUCCUCCAAAAUGUUAUAGCUGCGAUGGCAUUAAUUGCUUGAGAACAACACGUCAAAAUGCUACCGUCAGCUGUGCUGAUAAACUGGAUGUUUGCGUUACCAUCUAUGAAGAUUUUGCUGUUAGUGAACGUGGCUGUUUGUCCCAGAUUUCCUUGGCUGGACAGGCAAAAUGUGCGGCCAAGGACAACCAAUGUCAAAAGUGCAGUGGCCAAUUGUGCAAUAAUCAAGGACGUAGGGAUUUCAAAUGUAUUCAGUGCAUUGGUUCUGAAUCUUCUUCAUGUAAUAAAGGAGCCACCAAAUCCCUUACCGCCUCCCAAUGUGGACUUCCCACUUCGACCAAUUCCUACUGCUAUGUCAAAGUCGUCGGUGACCAAAAGGACAAUCUGCAAAGAGGUUGUGCCCUCUCCGUAAAGGAGCAGCAAUCCUGUCUGGAGGAUUCACAGUGUUCCCUCUGCCUACCGGAUAAUGCCAGCGAUUCCGUGGCUUGCAACAAUUUUGAUUUGGAAUUGAGCUCAAAAUCUGGUGCUGACCAAACUCAAAAGUUUGUUAGUUUGGGAUUGGCCUUUAUUGCCUUGCUCUCGCUGAAAUUGCUUAAUUAAUUUUAAAUAAACAAUUAUAAAAUAAAGAAUCAUUUUCUCAACAGA